UACUCACAGACGAAGUAUCAUCUAAACGUGGAUGCCAAUGAAUUUUAACAGAUUAUAAAAUUGCAGAAACAUUUCGUUGUCGAUUCGUUAAAGUUUGAUAAUAUUAAAUUCGCGUUUUCAUUUGUUCUAAUGCAACUUUGUUGGUGCCGAAGUCGUUUUUUUUUUUUGCACGUUUAGGGCCUGGAAAUACAUAUGCUAAAACAACUAGGCUAUCGAACAUUCUCGCGAUAAAUACCAUCAUUUUGAAAAGUCUCUGCUUGGGCCGUCGUGAAAGGAAAGUUCGGGUCGACUGAAGAUGAUAAUUGAUAACCUCGAUGCUUUGAAAACAUGGCUGUCUGAAACCCUGGAGCCCAUUUGUGAUGCCGACCCCUCUGCUCUCGCAAAAUAUGUUGUUGCUUUGGUGAAGAAGGACAAAAGUGAAAAGGAACUUAAAGCCCUGUGUAUUGACCAAUUGGAUGUUUUCCUACAAAAAGAGACCCAGCCAUUUGUGGAUAAACUCUUUGAAGCCAUUGGCAACAAAAGCUACCUCCCACUGACAGAACAACCACAGGUCAAAGCUGAGAAGGAAGAACAGAAGAAAGAUGAGGUACAACCAAAUCGUGAAGAAGAAAAAGACAAGAAGUUUCCUCGACGAGUAAAUCAAAGUCCUCCUCAGUCAGGCUCCCGCUAUCCCAGAGAUGGAAGGCGAGGCGAUGACCGUAAGAGAGAUGAUCGCUCCAGGAAGAGGGAAUAUGACCGCAUGCCUCCAAGGAGGGAUUCUUAUCGUGACCGUUACAAUCGUAGAAGAGGUCGAAGCCGCAGUUACAGUCGAAGCCGCAGCCGAAGUUGGAGUAAAGAGCGCAUUCGAGACCGUGACAGGGAGAGGGAAAGAGACCGGGAUAGGGAUAGAGACAGAGAUCGUGAUCGAGACCGGAGCCCAUCUCUGAGCAGAACUCGGUCCAGGAGCAGGAGUCGAGACAGAGAUCAAGGAAAGCUCAAGUUCGACCAUGAACGAGUAGACAGGUCAGAGGGUGGUGAGGUUUACACCCCAGCAGUGAUAGUUUCUACUACUGCACCUUCCCACUUCCCCAAUCCAACAGUGAGCAGUACUAUCACAGUCAUCGCCCCGACUCAUCAUCAUAGCACCACCAAUGAGAGCUGGUCAGACUUUCGUCCUGAUGCCCCCAUGGACCGCGGUCCUUUCAAUCGUGGACCACCACCUCAACAGAGAAAGCGAUGCCGUGACUAUGAUGAAAAGGGCUUCUGCAUGCGAGGGGAUAUGUGUCCCUUCGAUCAUGGGAGUGAUCCGGUUGUUGUGGAGGAUGUCAAUCUGCCCAGUAUAUUGCCCUUCCAGCCUCCACCGAUGCCAGGCGUAGACCAGCCGCCACCGCCAGGUCUUCCACCUCCACCACCACUAUUGAACCCCCCACCUGUAAACCUUCGACCCCCUGUGCCCCCACCAGGCACCCUGCCACCCAGUCUUCCACCUGUUGCAGGUCCUCCUCCUCCUCUUCCUCCAUUACAACCUUCAGGCAUGGAUGCUCCUCCAAUUUCCAUCACCAGUUCAGUUCCAACCAUUGUCACCUCUGGGAUGCGCUCCCUUCCUCAAGGCUCAGCUCCACUUUUCACCCCUGAUCACUUUGACACAGAUGUGUACAAUCCUGAGGCUCCCAGUAUCACCAACACAUCCAGACCGAUGUACCGGCAUCGUGUCAAUGCCCAAAGACCCAACCUGAUUGGCCUCACAAUGGGGGAGGUGGACCAGCCAUUGAGAGACAAGAUUCCUAACAACAGUAUGAGAAUCGUCAUGGAAUCUGAUUCACGAAAGAGGCCUCUUCUCUCUCAUGACGGAGGCCCACCAGGCAAGAAACCUUGGUUUGAAAAACCGAAUUUCAACAAACCAAACCACCAGGGGUACCACAAAAGAGCUCACUUCUCUCCUAACACCAAGUUGCUUGUUCGGCAAAUUCCCUCAGAGCUCAACAACAUCAGCAAACUCAAUGAGCAUUUCAGCAAGUUUGGCACCAUUGUUAACUUGCAGGUGGCCUAUCAGAAUGACCCAGAGGCAGCUCUGAUCCAGUUCACCUCCCCUGAAGAGGCUAAACGAGCUAUGCAAAGCACAGAAGCUGUUCUCAAUAACCGAUUCAUCAAGGUCCAUUGGUUUCGGGAUGAUUUGAGUGAUGGAUCUGGUCAACCUCGGCCACAACAGCUUCAUCCCCCACCACCAUCACCUAUGCCAUCAGCCACGACUCUGAAGCAGUCUGUGAAGGAUCGGCUCGGACCGCUUAUGCCGGAAAACUCUGAGCCUAUUCAGGAUUCCAGCGUAGCCUCUCAGAAUACCUCAAAAGUGUCAAUUAAAGAUCGUUUAGGUGUUAAACCUGCUGCUCCUAUUGAAAAAGUGUUUUCAACUUCGACUGGGAUCACAAAGACCGUAUACAACCCUGCUGCUCGGAAGCUUGCCCAGAGGACCUCCGAUGACACUAUGAAGAAGAAGCUGGAGGCCAUAAAACUACAGCAGGAUGUGAGAAAGAAGAAGCAGGAGAUAUUGGAGAAGCACAUUGAGACACAGAAGCUCUUGAUAUCUAAACUUGAGAAGAAUAAAGCGAUGAAGGCGGAAGAUAAAGCUACAAUCAUGGAAACUUUGGGCACAUUAACUAAAAGCAUAACCAAACUGCAAGAAGAGAUAAAGGGACUUUCCAGCUGCAGUAACGUUUUACGAACUGUCAAGAGCAAAGCUCAGGCACAGAAGGAGCUGCUGGAUGCAGAGCUUGAUCUGUAUCAGAAGACUCAGGCUGGAGAGGACACAGCUUUGUUGAAGCUUAAGUAUACUCAGCUUCAAAUAGAGGCAGCUAAAAGGGGAAUUCUUUCAUCAGGACGAGGUCGAGGCAUCCAUGUCCGGGGACACGGCUCUACUAGAAGUCGGGGAAGGGGAUCCAGAGUUCGGGGAAGAGGUGUUCCAAUGCAUGCAGUUGUGGACCAUCGACCUCGAGCGCUGCAAAUUUCUGGUUUUACUGAUGCAGACCGUGUGGACAUACUUCCACACUUUGCUCAAUUUGGAGAGAUUGAAGAUUGCCAGAUUGAUGAAAACAAGCUCUCUGCAGUCAUCUCAUACAAAACGAGGGCGGAGGCCGAGCAGGCUGCUGUUUAUGGAGGGAAAUUCAACAACCAGACUUUACACCUGGCCUGGCAUAAGCCUGCUAUAACUCUCAGUGCAGCCGACGCUGAAGAAAAAGAACCAGCAGAGGAUGAGUACCCAGAGGAGUCGCUGAGUGAUGAUGCAUUACUGCAAGAUGAUGAUGAGGAGGAAGACAACGAGCCUCGUCCCUGGCGCAGAUGAAGCUUUCUCUGAUGCUGUCAUGGUCUCACUGGUCUGGACCAAGAGCAGUGAUCCAGCAUCUUUCAGUGCUUCUUUAGACAUUUUGAAAUGCACAUUUUACUGUGGCAAGACUUUUCCUUCCCCGUUAACACAUAGCUGAAGAACUUUGUGCAGCCUAAUUUUAAUAUGUAAACCAGAUCUGUGCUGAUUUUAUUUGAAUGCUCUUACUGUAGAUUUUUUUUUUCCCCACAAUGCGUUAAAUCUGGUGACUCAAAGACACAUGAGUUGAGUACUCAAAUUAAAAAGUUGUUUUGAUUUAACUCGAUAACAGAUGGUAGCUUUUUUGCAGAAUAGUAUUAAGUUGCUUCUGUGUAAAUAUUUUAUGUCCUGGUUUGUAAUUUGUAUGAAAGCUUGGGCUUUACUUUGGAUUGUACAAAAAAAAAAUAAAGAAGUUGAAAUGGU